UUGAGUUUCAGUUAUUUUCCAUUUUUGGCUAUCUGCUGUGAGUUUGAUCUUUCAGAACUGUAGCCAUAAAAUACUUUUAGGAAGGUGGAGACUCGCUCACACGCAUCAGCUGCACCCAGGCUGACAUGUCACAUUUUCUGCUAAGAAUAAUGACAUUUUGGCCAUAAGUCACAACCCCAGUUUUGCAAGCUAGGAAUCUCAACCAGGAUAGCAAGAUGUUUGGUGGUAUCUGAAUGGGCUUCUAACAAUGGCAGAUGUACUUAGGAGUCCACAGCCAUUAUUAUUCCAUUAGAUUUGGGAGAAAAAUAGCAUUUUUCUUCAGCCUCCUGAGGAAAUCCUUGAGCAACCUCAAAGGAAUAAGAUGCCCCGCUUUAAGAGCAAGAUGCUUUGGAUGGUCAUCCCUUUCUUAGUUCUUCUGCUCUUUGAAAUGUACCCCAGAAGGCCAUCGUCCCCAGCCUCCCAAACCAAGCUCUCCUUGGGCCCUUGCAGAGGUGAGCUGGUGAAGGAUACCAUCACUGCCUUAAAACACAACAAAACCUUCGUCGUUUCGUUGUACCACGAUGACCGGCAACAAAACCUCACCCGGGCAAUUGCAGUGGUCCAUUACAAAAAAAUCCAAGAUCUUUAUUGCUGGUUUUGCUGCAGUCACGACAAUCGCAUUUCUAUCAUCCGGGCAAGCGUUGACAUCCACCCAGAGAGGUUUGGCCUCCCAGUUGGGGCGGCAGAUAUUGUGUGUUUGGAACCACAACGUUGCUUGCCCCAGUAUAUGUCCAUUCACCCGUCCACUAGGGGAUCCAUGGCUGAGCUCCCGUGGUUUGAAAUCAACAACCGGGUUUCCAGGACUUGGUUCGUGAGAGAGUACACUGUCUGCCUGUCGGUCAUGCCCGAGAAUUACGACAACGUCCUACAGUUUGUGCAGAGCGUGGAAAUGUACAAGACCCUCGGGGCCAACAAAGUCUUUAUCUACAAAAUGAGCUGCAGCUCGCUCAUGGAUCGGAUUUUAAACUUUUAUGUUCAAGAAGGCACGGUGGAGAUCAUCCUUUGGCCAAUUACUUCCUACUUGCGUUUGUCUUCUUUUUGGUAUUCUUACCAGGACUGGGGCUAUGGGAAAACCACCGUUUUAAAUGACUGCAUUUACCGUAACAUGUACAGAAGCAAAUACGUGGUUUUUAACGAUAUCAAUGAAAUUAUCCUUCCCCUGAAACACCCAAAUUGGAAAGGGAUGAUCGAUAGCCUUGAGGAUCAGCAUCCAGGAGUUGGGAUCUUCUUUUUUGAAAGUCACUUUUUUUCUCAGAAUGUGUUUUUGUCUUUGGACAAAUUCAACGUCACUCUCUGGGAAGCCAUCCCCGGAGUUAACGUAUUGCAACACGUUUAUCGAGAGCCCAAUAAACUGCACAUCAAUAUUUUGAAGAAAAUGAUUGUAAACCCAAGGAGCGUGGUCCAGGCAUCCAGCCAUUCCAUUCUCAAAGGAUACGGUCGAACGCUCGAAGUCUCCAGGGACGUCGCAAUCCUUUACAAUUGCAGGAGACACCUUGAAAAUGAAUUUGGGGAACAAUAUCUCAUGAGGGACACAACCAUUUGGAGGUUCAACGUAUCGCUGAUUAGCAACGUUAAUAAAGUUUUUGACCAAGUUCUCGGCAAAAGAGUCGAUAGCAUCUCCAAGGCCAUUUGGAGCAUGUUCUGGGAAAGCCUUGGAAAAAUCUUUUAAAAGUUUUGGUUUUUCACUCAAACAAAAUUGCUGAAGCAGGAAGUGUUUUCCUUCACCCAGCCUGUGUGUGUGUCAUUCGCCCCUUUAGAGAAAAAUAAUCAGAGAUGAAAUGUAUAAUUUAGUGUCUCUUACAUCCUGGCUUUGCAGAAAACUGAGUUGCUUUAUCUGCUGUUUAAUUAAAAGAGGAUUAACUCAGAAACGUCAUUUGUCUUUUGUCCGGAGUGCGCUCUGAGAACACUUUUUUGGGAAGUUUUAAUAAAUUGUACUGGUUGUUAACAUCAUCCAAAACUAAAUUUUAACCUAUGAUAGCUAGCAACAAUGAAUGAAUGUAACUCUAAAAUAAUAAUAAUAAUUGAAUUUAGAUAAUUUUAGGUGGAUACUGCAAUCCCCAGAAAAUUAUCCAUCAUUUUAUUGUACUAUAGUCCUAUGUGUGUCAUAGUUUCUACAAUGAAACGCAUCGAUUAAGCUAAAUUUAUGUUGCUUAAAAACUUAGUUUAGUCACUUAAGGCAGUUUCAGUCUUCAAGGAAAAAGAAAGACCAGUUGGCCUUGGAAAAAGCAC